GGUGUUUGGCCAAGAAAUAAUUUAAAGACUUAACUUUUGAUGACUUUCCGGACUGGAGCUUUAUCCAAGAGGUCCUCUUCCUCCUCUCCUCCCUAUUUCAAUCUUCACCUCUUUCCAACUUUUGCCUGGAGACGCCAUGGAGAGGCUUCUAUCCUCGUCUUCUUCCACUUCUCCCAAAAUUAAUCUCAGCCCUUCAACUUCUUUUCUCAAUCGGAAGAUUCGAUUCGAUUCUGCUAGAUUCAUUUUCCCCACAUCAGCGCCUUCCAUUGUUAGGCGGGCCACCUCAAUUUCUUUAAAACAUGAAAAUCCAUCUUCAUUUUCGUCCACUGCUCCUUCCUUUACUUCUUCACCACCGCGGAUUAAGUUGCAAUCCCCUUCUCCUUGUGGAGGAGGCUCUUCAGAAAGGUCGGCACCCGAAUUCAGCUUUAUGAAUCAGAUCACAGAUAAGGCUUUAGGACGACGGAAGGUGAUAACAGCUCGAACUUUUGCAAUACUGGCUGCUCUUGCCAUGAUCUUAAUCCAAUCAGCUGUUGCACCAGCAGCUUAUGCAACCUUUCAAACUGCCACCAAGGCACGUGGACCUGCUGCAGCUGCAGUUGGUGGAAAACUAAUCCGCACUGAGCUACUGAGUAGCGCUUGGACUGGUUUCUUUGCCGGUUGCUUGCACACACUAUCAGGGCCUGACCACCUUGCAGCUUUGGCUCCUUUGUCGAUUGGCCGUACCCGAAUGGAGAGUGCUGCUGUUGGAGCCCUUUGGGGUUGUGGCCAUGAUGCUGGUCAGGUUAUAUUUGGCUUAAUCUUUCUUCUCCUGAAGGAUCAGCUUCACAUUGAGGUUCUUCGAACUUGGGGCACUCGAGUGGUUGGACUUACUCUGCUUGUAAUUGGUGCUAUGGGAAUUAGGGAAGCUUCAGAAGUUCCUACACCUUGUGUUGCCUUAGAAAAUGGCGAAUGUGAUGUCAAUGUCUACGAAUCGCUUGAUAAUCCAACUGUAGGAAAGAAGAAGGUUGGCUUUGCUACUUUUGCCACGGGAAUAGUUCAUGGCCUGCAACCAGAUGCAUUGAUGAUGGUGUUGCCUGCCCUAGCUUUGCCUUCUCGCUUGGCUGGUGCUGCAUUUCUUAUCAUGUUCUUGCUUGGGACAGUCGUUGCAAUGGGAAGCUAUACUGUAUUUAUAGGUUCAUGUAGCCAGGCAUUGAAGGAUAGAGUGCCUAGAAUAACUGAGAAACUCACUUGGGCUUCUUCCCUUGUUGCAAUAGGCCUUGGAUUGGCCAUCAUUAUAAGCCAGUUUUUUGGGUUUAGCCUAUAUUAGUUCAUUUUCAACUGCCAAGGAACUUCGUUUUCAGAAUCAUCAUUUUGGUGACAAACUAGAGACACGGGCCUCAGAACUCAGAAGAGCUACUUGAUUGUCUUUUAUUGCCUUUGAAUGUGUAUAAUGAUUUAGGUUUAUAGUGAUUCUGCAGCUCGGAAUUCCUUUUUCUCUCCUUCUUUCGGUAGAUUUCAAAUCGGUCUAUCAUGCCAUGGAAUUCGCUUAUGAUAGUAUGUACCUCUAUUUCAAUCAUACAGUAUUUGGGUUAUGUUUUAUUCUUAUUUGGGUAUUAUGUAGAUGAGUCAGUUGAACCUUGUAGAAGUUGUAGUAAUGACAGGAUCUAAAAUGGUCUGGAGGUUUA